AUGAGCGAUCCCGGACCGAACGUGUCCGCCGCAAAAAUGGGUCUUAUUUCGGUCUAUUUGAAGCUAUCUUCAACUGUUGUUUCUUACGCGGUGUAUUUUCUGGUGGCGCCCAAUCUAUCCCAUUGGACCAUCUACUUCUUCCAUUCUCUACCCGAUAUGGGGGUAGCCACACAAAAGGUCCGCGGAUCCAAGGCCCAAGGGAGUCCUCGCUUCAAGUUCCCUUACUCUGCUAGCUGUACACAUAAAACCAAACGUCCGAUUCAGUUGAAUGAAUACUUCCCACGUCGAACAGGCGUACUACAAACCACUGUGGUGAAGUGCUCAUACAUAACCUUCUCGCCGGCUUCACCGGACGGCACGCCGAAACUCUCUAGCCACAAUAAUCAGGUGGCUGAGAUACGCUCAUCUGACAUACGCGUUCGCCUGCAAAGAAAUCAAAGCAAUUCUUUGAAUUCAAUUUGUAUCCGCCGCGCGCGAUACUUUUCGUCGUCUUUUAACCAUCAUGGCACGAUGUGGAUGUGCGGUGUGGACAUGGUUGCAUUGUGUAAAGGCAACCCUAUCUAUAGACGCCCGGUUGCCGGUGGUAUUCGACAGAUCCCGAUUCCGUUGAGGAUAGGACUGCUCUCGUAUACUCUAUCGUAUCUUGUUUCCGAAUAUCCAUUAAAUGGGCUUGAUUCUGAGCGCAUGAGGCGUCGCCCAUCUGACUUUUUCUAUGAGCUAAUCCGAUCUCCUCAGCGGGCUAACCCAACCAUAGGUCUGGAAUUCCACGAGGGGUCCAUCCUGUACACCGACAUCUGCGAGCUAGCCGAACUUUUGGGCUGCAUCGUCGUUCUUGUCGGUAUGCCAUCGGAUACGAGUAUAAUUUGCUCUUCGGGUUGCCGCCUCCUCUUUAGUCAGAAAAAUGCACAUAAAAUCGAUUGCGCCGUAGAUCGAAUAAUAUAUCCUCAUCAAAAUAAUUACGAGGAGCGCUUUCAAUGGAACGGUAACGUUUCCCACUUGCGCCGACUAGCAAGGAGAGCUCCUCGGAUGCAUACACUUUUCAUUCAGGCCCCAUGGAGGAAGAGUCAACCAAUUUGUUUCCAGUUGCCUCGGUUACAGAUACAGUGCCGAGUUAAUUGGGUAGGUUGGAGAUCUUGCGUGUCCCAAAUAAUGGCUUCGUAUCAAGAUAACGAGCCGUACGCUGCCAAGUCUACUGAAUGGCCUCAGACGUUUCGCGAUUUCGGUACCGGGAACUCUUGGUCAUCUACUGUGGCUCAUGGCUUCGUCGUGUUAGUCUUGUCGACGGUUGCUGAAGAUGCGCGGAGUUCCGAUAUUUCCGAAUACACCCCAGCGAAUAGAGUGCUAUCCUCAGAGGAUUUUUCGACUUCUUGGACUACUGUUACCUUUGCCUAUUCACAACAGCAUUUCCCAGUGACGCAUAUCCCGUGCACGAGUGUCCCUUCUGGACAUGCAGCUCAAGCGUGUUUAAUCGGUUUCCCAGGUUUUAAUCAGCACAGGGUUUUGGGGUUCAAUACGAGGCGCACGCCAGUAAAUGACGGGCGUUAUUGGAAGCAGGUCCUUGGCGAAAGCAGCCUUCUCUAUUUAUUAAAGCAAGCCACGGAUCAAAAGCCGGUCCCGGAAACGAAGUCACCUGCGCAGCUUUCGAUAGAACUCGUACCUUCUGUGUCCCUGAUACCUACUAACGCUUUCUAUGGAAUAUUGGACUGGGCCGAGGGUCAUUUUGCCGCAAGGCAAGGAUUGCACAUCAAAUCUAGUCUUCAAGACAUAACUGUGCCUGCAGAGCGUAUCCUCGAGGAUGCAACGGGUUGUCACCACGAAGACGCCGCACGUCCGCGGUCUCCAAUGAUUCCAAGUUCCUCUCGACCUGCCUUUCCUAGCCAUCGUCAACCGUCAUAUGUCAAAUUGUCGUCCCUUUAG